CCCCAACCGGAAAUGCUUCAUGCCAAGCUGAACACAAGCGCCAACUUGACAAGAAUGAAACGUUGCACGUCGAGCUGCAGCUUUCGCGACAGAAAUAGCGAAUAAAAACGCUGAAUAUCUGUCAGCUCGUCCGCUCGCAUCAUGUCCAGCAUUCAGCUGCUCAGAGUGCUCGUGAACGAGCGGCUGUCUGCGGCCGCUGAAGAGAUCUUCGAGGCGGUUAAAAAAACCAUCGCAGGCUACGAGGAGGAGAUCCUGCUCUCCAAACGGGAGAUCCGCCGGCAGCGCAGGAUGCUGCAGACAGUUUUAAAACCUGAAAUAAAGAUAAACAAACAACCAGACCAACCACAGCUGGCUCUCUCCGUGUGGGAUGAGGACUUCCCCUCCGAUCAGCAGCAGCAGGAACACUGUGAUCAGGAUUGGAGCUCCGGUCUGGACCAGGAAGACCAGGAGCCUCCACAAACUGAGAAGAGCCAGGAGGCGGAGCAGCUUCAGGAGCUGGAGGAGGACAACACCAUCAGGUUCAUCUUCACUCCUCUGUACGUGAAGAACAAGCUCGACCAGCUGCAGUCCGCUCAUCAGAGCGCUAAAGGAGAAGGAGAUCCUCUGCCGAGCACUUCAGCUGAGCAGGACCAGACGAAGGCGGAGGGCGAUGACGGAGCUUCCUCCAGCUGUUCUGCAGCCGAACACGACGACAGCGACGAGGAGUGGAGGGGCAGCGUGGGCUCUCAGAGCGACGACAGCGACAGCAACCGCAAGUGGAAGAAGAUGAAGGGGCCUCGUCUACCGAUGGCCCCGAAACUGCAUCCGACUAAAAAAUCUAAAUCGCGAAUCUGCUGUAAAGUCUGUGGGAAAGCCUUUCACGCUAACGUCUCUUUGGUGAAUCACAUGGAAGUUCACCCCAAGGACGUCUGCGGCGUGUGCGGGGAACAUUUCGAGACCGAGGAGAGCUUUCAAGCUCACCUGAAAACACACGUGAAAGCUGAAAUCUGCAGCGUUUGCGGGAAAUGUUUCGGGGCCUCCAGCUCUUUGGAGACGCACAUGAGGAUCCACACGGGAGAGAAGCCGUUUAACUGCAGCGAAUGUGGAAAAUCCUUCAACUGUCGCCACAACAUGAUGCGACACAUCAGGAUACACACGGGGGAAAAGCCGUAUCCUUGCACCGUCUGCGGCAAAUGCUUCAAUGACUACUCCACGUUGAAACGCCACCUGCUGGUUCAUGUACACAAGAAGAAACUCGACCCAAACAAAACAUCUGCAAACGAGAAUGAAAACGGCAACGACGACGAGAAGAAGAUAAAGACGUCGUCACCAAAAAAGCAGCAGACUCGGACCAUAUGUGAAGUCUGUGGGAAAAUGUUUCACUCCAUGGUUUCUCUGGUGAAUCACGCCAAAAGUCACGCCACAGACCUCUGCGGCGUUUGCGGGACGCAUUUCGACUCAGAGGAAAACUUAAAACUUCACCUGAAAACUCACAAAAACGGGAAAGUUUGUGAAGUGUGCGGAAAGUGUUUUGACAGCCAGGCAAACCUGGAGAUGCACAUGAGGAUCCACACGGGGGAGAAGCCGUUUCUCUGCAGCGAGUGCGGUAAAUCCUUCAACUGCCGACACAACAUGAUGCGACACAUUAGGACCCACACGGGAGAGAAACCCUACCUGUGUAACACCUGCGGCAGGUGUUUCAGUGACCACUCCACUCUGAAACAGCACAGCAGCACGCACACCGGAGAGAAACCACACCGCUGUGAGAUCUGCGGGAAAGGCUUCCACCGAAAGACGCUUGGCUGUGCUUCAAACUUAAAGACCAAAACCAACAACGUGUUAGUCCGUCUGACUUCCUGUCUGUGGCUUCGAGCCCAUUGGUUCCUACUGAAGAUGUGCCAUGGGACUUUCCCUCCUCCCCAUCACCCACCUACCCCGCCCAUCUGCACACCUGUUUCCACUUCCCUCGGCCUACACUGUUGGUGGUCCAGAUGACGAAGAUGAGGAAAAAACAACCUGUGUCACUCCUGUGCUGAAAACUGCCUGUCAACACUUUCCAGCGGUUAAUUAUUUCACUCUAAACUAAACAGAUGAGUACAAAUUUAUUUGAUUAAUUCA